CUGUCACUCGGGCUGGCAUGGCGGUGUGCGCUCGCCUCUGCGGCGUGGGCCCGUCGCGGGGAUGCCGGCGCCGCCAGCAGCGCCGGGGCCCAGCCGAGACGGCGGCGGCCGACAGCGAGCCGGACACGGACCCAGAGGAGGAGUGCAUCGAGGCGGGUGCGGUGGCGCUGUGCGGGGCGGAGGGCGGCCGGGGCGCGGGCCCCUCGUCGCCCCCGCGCUGCUCGCUGCUGGAGCUGCCGCCCGAGCUGCUGGUGGAGAUCUUCGCCUCGCUGCCCGGCACCGACCUGCCUAGCCUGGCCCAGGUCUGCACCAAGUUCCGGCGCAUCCUGCUCACCGACACCAUCUGGAGACGGCGCUGCCGCGAGGAGUAUGGCGUGUGUGAAAACUUGCGGAAGCUGGAGAUCACGGGCGUGUCUUGUCGAGAUGUCUACGCGAAGCGUAUAAACCCUCGCGUGAAGUCGGGACGUUUCAUGAAAAUUCUUCCCGAUUACGAGCACAUGGAGUACAGAGAUGUGUACACCUGCCUGCUCCACCGAUACAGACACAUUCUGGGGUUGUGGCAGCCAGAUAUCGGACCUUACGGAGGACUGCUGAAUGUAGUGGUGGACGGCUUGUUCAUUAUUGGUUGGAUGUACCUGCCUCCCCACGAUCCUCACGUGGAUGACCCCAUGCGAUUCAAACCCUUGUUUCGAAUCCACCUGAUGGAGAGGAAGUCUGCCACGGUGGAGUGCAUGUAUGGCCACAGAGGGCCGCACAAUGGCCAUAUCCAGAUUGUGAAGAAGGACGAGUUCUCCACCAAGUGCAACCAGACGGACCAUCACAGAAUGUCUGGUGGGAGGCAGGAGGAAUUCCGAACGUGGCUGAGGGAAGAAUGGGGACGGACGCUAGAGGACAUUUUCCACGAGCAUAUGCAGGAGCUCAUCCUGAUGAAAUUCAUCUACACCAGUCAGUAUGACAACUGCCUGACCUACCGCCGCAUCUACCUCCCACCGAGCCACCCGGAUGACCUCAUCAGGCCGGGCCUCUUCAAGGGCACCUAUGGCAGCCACGGCCUGGAGAUUGUCAUGCUCAGCUUCCAUGGGAAGUGUGCCAGGGCCACAAAGAUCACGGGUGACCCCAACAUCCCUGCUGGGCAGCAGACGGUGGAGAUCGACCUCAUGCACCGCAUCCAGCUGCCGGACGUUGAGAACCUCCGAAACUUCAACGAGCUCUCACGCAUCGUCCUGGAGGUUCGCGAGCAGGUGCGCCUGGAGCAGCAGCAGCAGCAGGAAGACAGGCCCGAGGAUGGCGAGGGCCAUGGCAGGCAUAGCCCCCGCGAGCCCCAGCAUGGCCCUGCCCAGUCCAGCGCAGGGCCACCUGCCGAGAAGGGCAGGGAGCCCGGGGACGGAGGGGCCAUGGCUGCAGAGGAGCAGCCUGCCCAGGGCGGGCAGGGGCAGCCGUUCGUGUUGCCAGUGGGCGUGAGCUCGAGGAACGAGGACUACCCCCGCACCUGCAGGAUGUGUUUCUACGGCACGGGCCUCAUUGCUGGCCACGGCUUCACCAGCCCUGAGCGCACCCCCGGGGUCUUCAUCCUGUUCGACAAGGACCGCUUCGGGUUUAUCUGGCUGGAGCUGAAAUCCUUCAGCCUGUACAGCAGGGUCCAGGCCAGCUUCCGAAACGCAGAUGCACCAUCCCCACAGGCCUUCGAGGAGAUGCUCAAGAACAUUCAGUCCCUGACCUCCUGAUGGCCCCCUUCCCUGCCGGGGGGCGGCUCCGGACCCUCAGCCUGGGAAGAGCAGCAGCAUGCACUUUGGAGAUGCGACCUUCUGACCAGAACACCCACCUUCUCUUAGGCGUCUCGACCCAGCUACCUGAGACACUGUCUAUAGAGUGUGCAACAUAUGCCUGUGUAGUUGUCAGUAGCUAAUGGGAAAGCUGAGCUGAGCAUGUGUUUAAAAAACAAAACAAAAGAACCAGACUGAUUUAGAGGACAGGCUGCAGGGGUGUGUAAAUAAUUGAAUUGGAGAAAUUGGGUUUGUCUUGGCCCACGAGCAGUGUUCUAGGAGAAAAAAAAUCCGCCUUCAGGGAAGUUCAUACUGUAACAGGUCUCUUGCCGUGGGCCGAUCUAAGGAGUCGAGUGUGUGGGGUGCCAGCUCUACCAUCUGCUGUGCAGGAAGCAAGUGCAAGUGGCAUGGACCCACGUGGGCCUCAGUGAAGUGAACUUGUCUGCGGCCUGGGCAGGUGCGCAGGGGUAGUGUGUGUGGAAAGAGAGCCCCAGGGAGUCUGGAGUGUCUGGUGUGGGACCCGUGACUGAAUUCCUGUUUGUCGACUGACUCACUUGGAUUUUGGACAGAAGCGCUUCACCCCAUCGCAGUUUAGGAACCCGUGAAGUGGGGUUAGCGAUACAGGUCACUAGAGAUGUCACUGCAGGGAUGUGAACUGCACCCCCGGCCCUGGUCCCUGGGCAGCACCCGUGUGCUUUCCCUGGCCUCUCAGCUUUAGAACCUUCACUGCCGCCAGUUCCAGUCAGCCGUGGUUGCAUACAUGCAGCCCCCUCCUCCUGCACAGCACAUGUUCUGGUGUCGGAAUCCCAAUUAAAGCGCCGGAAAUGGCUGCACACAGUGACCUUGCAGCCCCUUUGCGGGCGAGAGGACAGCUUUCUAGAAAAGUCACACCAUACUGAUAGGGGUGCACUUUGGAGACCAGACCUCUCGGGGAUCCUUUCACAUGGAGACCCCGAGCAUGGACCCCUCUGCUAGCAAGCCCGUAUCGGGUUGGCUUCUGCAUUUGGGGAUGCCCUCUGAGGUCCCUGCUGAUCUGUCUCCUGAACAGCAGAGCCCUAAAUGUGUGCAAGCCUCUGAGAAUGUUUCAGCUCUCCCUGCAACCCACAGAGAGCCAUCUCCACACCACCUGCCCAGAAGUGCACUUCAUGGGGGGCAGGGCAGACUUUGUCCUCCACUCCGUUGCUUGUCCUUGUUGGGUGGACUGUGCUGAGCCCUCACUCUGGGGGCGAGGGACCCCAGGGAAGGGGGCAGCUUUGUGGUGCCUUCAUGUAAGAGACCAACCUAAGCUGUCCCACGAAAUGUGUACUCUGUUUUCCCAAUUUCUCCCUGACUGACCUUUUUUUUUUUAAAUAAAGAAUCUCAUUGCCAUAGCUUCA